ACUGCACUUUACACUAUACUGAACUGAAGAAAGACAACAUUCACAUCCGACAACGGAGGAGAUGGACAUGAAACAUCUAACUUGUUAAUUUAAUUUAAAACGGUUUGUUGUAUAAGGAGAUAUACAGAACAAACUACACAAGUUGUGGGAAUGGGAAGAAUUCUGGGGUCUCUGCUGCCAGCAGCUCUGCUGAUUGGCUCAGCCCUCUGUGUGGGUGUGGUCAGUCUAACCCUAAGCCACACCUCUAGGGUCAGAGUUCACAAAGGGAGGAGCCUCACACUGACCUGCAUGAACACAACACAUGCAGGAGUGGUCCAGUACUGGCACACCCCUUUCGGUCGGGUCCAGAACAGCAGUCUUCAUGCCAACCAGAAGGAUGUGAUUUCUAUGGAACGAGAUGGUAGCCUGCGGAUCCACAUUGCUUCUCCUCACCACAGCGGGCUGUAUUACUGCCUCCUCCUGGCCGGAGGACAAACUACACUCACACCCUACCUGCUGACUGCCAGCAGUUCACAGGAUCAUGCUGUCGAACACAGGCGGGUGGUCAGGAGUAUUCUGGGUGGUCAUGCAGAGGAGAGGAAUGUUGCCGUGGUUUCUGACGGUGUGUUUGCGGCGGCGGUGGCAGCAUCAGUAGUGGUGACGUUCCUGGUGGGGUUCAGCUCUGGAGCUUUGAGCAGGACAUUACUGGACAGGUGUGUGAAUUGGGUGCGUUCGCUAGGACAGGAACGUCGUAACCAUGGUGAAACAGUCAGCGUGGCAUUCCGGAAGGAUGUGGAACAAGAGGAUGAGGAUUACCCUGCCUCGACGACAAGCGUUACCAUGGAGAAUGUAAGCCCAUCUCCACCAGCCAAACCUCAGAGAAGCUUCAGGGGCAAACAUCAUGAAGAGACUGCUUACCUGGAGGGCUGCUACCAGGGGAGAGGAGAGGAAGGGAGGGAGAGGGGAGGAGAAGAGGGGAGGGAGGGGGGAGGAGAAGAGGGGAGGGAGAGGGGAGGAGAGGAAGGGAGGGAGAGGGGAGGAGAGGAAGUGAGGGAGAGGCGAGGAGAGGAAGGGAGGGAGGUGGGGGGCAGCACAGAUGGAAAAGAGAAGAGCAGGAGAGUGGGGGAGGAAAAAAGGAGUGACAGUGAGGAAGGGAGAGAGGGAAAGGAGGGGAGGAAUGAAAGUGACAGGGAGGAAGGGAGAGAGGGAAAGGAGGGGAGGAAUGAAAGUGACAGGGAGGAAGGGAGAGAGGGAAAGGAGGGGAGGAAUGAAAGUGACAGGGAGGAAGGAAGAGAGGGAAAGGAGGGGAGGAAUGAAAGUGACAGGGAGGAAGGAAGAAGAGAGAGUGAGGAAGGGAGAGAGGGAAAGGAGGGGAGGACAGAGUGUAAGGAGACCGAGAGUGAUGGAAAGAUUGAAGAGGGAGGAUUUAGAGGUGAUAGUAGCAGUGAUUCAGAAGAAGGGUCUGUUGGGGUGAGAGAGGGAGAGGGGGGAGUGGAGAGGCAGGGAUCAGCGGGAGAAGAGAGGUGUUCUCCUCCCCGGCCCGCCAGACAGAGCCGUGUGAUUCGUCUGUACCAGUACGAUGAGGAGGGGCAUCGCUAUAGUCACCUGCCAAACCCCGUCCCCAUGGAACGUACUUCCCCUGCUCCCCAGGCCAAGCAGCGCUCGCUGUCCCUCACCAGGCUCAACACCAUCAUGGCUGCUGCCACCGCCAGCCCCAUGGACCCACAGAACCCCCUGGGCCGAGACUCAGACCCCCAGGACUCAGACCCUGAGGAGAGGGACACAGCCAGUCCAGCCAGCCCAUCCCAGGGCCAGGAGAGACCAGUCUUUCAACUGGAGAUAUGACAUACAAGAUCUAGGCCUGUAUUCAUAAAGUGUCUCAGAGUAGAGCUGCUGAUAAAUGAUCCAGUCCUAACCUGUCCAUAUAAUCUUAAUCAUUAUGAUAUAAAAGGCAAAACUGGUUCAAGAUCAGCCCUCCUAAACUUGAUAGAUGCAGCCCGAGCAGAAAGAUCUGGGUCAUGUUCAGUCAGGCAUACAGAGACAAUGUAUCAAAAUGGUUUGAAACAGAAAACAAAAAUGUGUGUUUCCUACUGGAUAAUUUUAACAGUUAGUGCGUCGCCAUUUCACUCUAUUGUGAAACAUUUUCUCAAUCACAAAUUCUCACACACAAAUUCCUAGACACACACACUUAAGAUUUUGACUUGUCAUCACAUUCAGCAGAUUCCAUUAUUGUUUUGUAAAAGCAAUUGGAAAUAAAACAUUACAAGUAAAUGUUCACUUUGGAUGAUUGUGUUGCUGACCUGUUGCAGCCUCUACAACCACUGUGAUUAUUAUUAUCUGGAUGAUUGUGUUGCUGACCUGUUGCAGCCUCUACAACCACUGUGAUUAUUAUCUGGAUGAUUGUGUUGCUGACCUGUUGCAGCCUCUACAACCACUGUGAUUAUUAUUAUCUGGAUGAUUGUGUUGCUGACCUGUUGCAGCCUCUACAACCACUGUGAUUAUUAUCUGGAUGAUUGUGUUGCUGACCUGUUGCAGCCUCUACAACCACUGUGAUUAUUAUCUGGAUGAUUGUGUUGCUGACCUGUUGCAGCCUCUACAACCACUGUGAUUAUUAUUAUCUGGAUGAUUGUGUUGCUGACCUGUUGCAGCCUCUACAACCACUGUGAUUAUUAUCUGGAUGAUUGUGUUGCUGACCUGUUGCAGCCUCUACAACCACUGUGAUUAUUAUUAUCUGGAUGAUUGUGUUGCUGACCUGUUGCAGCCUCUACAACCACUGUGAUUAUUAUCUGGAUGAUUGUGUUGCUGACCUGUUGCAGCCUCUACAACCACUGUGAUUAUUAUUAUCUGGAUGAUUGUGUUGCUGACCUGUUGCAGCCUCUACAACCACUGUGAUUAUUAUCUGGAUGAUUGUGUUGCUGACCUGUUGCAGCCUCUACAACCACUGUGAUUAUUAUUAUCUGGAUGAUUGUGUUGCUGACCUGUUGCAGCCUCUACAACCACUGUGAUUAUUAUUAUCUGGAUGAUUAUGUUGCUGACCUGUUGCAGCCUCUACAACCACUGUGAUUAUUAUCUGGAUGAUUGUGUUGCUGACCUGUUGCAGCCUCUACAACCACUGUGAUUAUUAUUAUCUGGAUGAUUGUGUUGCUGACCUGUUGCAGCCUCUACAACCACUGUGAUUAUUAUCUGGAUGAUUGUGUUGCUGACCUGUUGCAGCCUCUACAACCACUGUGAUUAUUAUCUGGAUGAUUGUGUUGCUGACCUGUUGCAGCCUCUACAACCACUGUGAUUAUUAUCUGGAUGAUUGUGUUGCUGACCUGUUGCAGCCUCUACAACCACUGUGAUUAUUAUUAUCUGGAUGAUUGUGUUGCUGACCUGUUGCAGCCUCUACAACCACUGUGAUUAUUAUCUGGAUGAUUGUGUUGCUGACCUGUUGCAGCCUCUACAACCACUGUGAUUAUUAUUAUCUGGAUGAUUGUGUUGCUGACCUGUUGCAGCCUCUACAACCACUGUGAUUAUUAUCUGGAUGAUUGUGUUGCUGACCUGUUGCAGCCUCUACAACCACUGUGAUUAUUAUUAUCUGAAUGAUUGUGUUGCUGACCUGUUGCAGCCUCUACAACCACUGUGAUUAUUAUCUGGAUGAUUGUGUUGCUGACCUGUUGCAGCCUCUACAACCACUGUGAUUAUUGUUAUUUGACCAUCUUGGCCAUGCACUGUUAUAAUCUUAACCUGGCACAGCCAGAAGAGGACUGGCCACCCCUCAGAGCCUGGUUCCUCUCUAGGUUUCUUCCUAGGUUCCUGCCUUUCCAGGGAGUUUUUCGUAGCCACCGUGCUCCUACAUCUGCAUUGUUUGCUGUUUGGGGUUUUAGGCUGCGUUUCUGUAUAGCACUUUGUGACAUCGGCCCAUGUAAAAAGGGAUUUAUAUAUACAUUUGAUUGAUUGUUAAUUUAAAGUUAGUCCCUGUGUAUUUGGUUCUAACCUUGUCCCCAGGUUAUGAUUGCACAUAGCACUAAUACGCCUGGAAUAACAACUAUAGUCUGGCCUAUGUUAGAGUGAACAAAAAUAUAAUUAUUUGGCCGAAUCACACAACUGCAAGACAGGGGUACACAAAUUAGAGGUAGACAAUACAGGAGGAAGUGUUCGGAGGCGAUUGAUUAAAUAUUAAGCUGAUGGCUAAUGAUU